GUAACGUUACGGAUGAUUUACCUUGGCUUUUUCAACGACCUUCUUCUUCACGUGUGUCCAUUUACUCCUAAUAUCAAUGUCUUUCAGAACAAAUCUGCAAAUUGAACUUGAGAAACGAUAAAUGUAGAUUGUCUUCUUUCAAACGGAGAAAACGUGGAAUUUAUGUUAAAGCGCAAACGAAUUACAUAUAUGCUAUCUACUACGAGAGGCAUUUUUUAGAAAAGAUGUCCUUAAGUAUAGAAAUGAAUAAAUGGGCUCCAAAAUUGACAAUCAUCUUUCAGCUAACUAUUUGGAGUAUCGUUGGAAUUAUACUUCUUCAAAAGGGUGUAAUCUCAUUAUGCGAAAAGACGAAGGCGCGGAAUGACACAGUUGCCGUACAGGAAAAGGCCACGAGAUGGAACGAAGAAGAAUCAAAUGGAAAUCGUUCUCAAGUCGUAAAAUUCCAAAUUGGAACUCCACGGAAAAAUAAUAACGUUGAUAAGUCUGACAGCGUUACAUCGAACGAACAAUGGCCGCGCAAAUUAUAUAUUUCUCAUCGAACGGGCAAUGCCGGCAGAGAUAUUUUUAAAGCGAUUUCAACGAACGACGACAAACAAACAACGACGAUUCGUCGCGACGAUCAUGAUGCUAGAGACGUACGUUCAAUUCAAACACCGACGAUUUAUACAAGCAAGAAAGAUGAAAAUACUAUUAUUACACUCACUUCCAACGAAAACCAUUACGAUAAACAAAAUUCUAUGAUAGAAAAUAGUACGUCGAGUGUUUCAUUUGAAUUCAAAACAUCUGGUUCCGUUAACAUCGUCACAUUGGACGAGAGAAAUUUCUUUAAGCAUGGGAAUGAUGACACAUCGCACGAUAAAGGUGCAGAAAAAAGCAAAAGCGGAACAAAAUCCCGACUCUCCCCUGUAAAUCGAAUCGGAGCCGCUAUUGCUUUAAUUAUGCUUGCAAUCGGAGUCGCUAUGUUGCUUUUAGGACCGCUCAUUGUUAUUGUACGUGCAUUUAGUAAUAGAAGGCGAACUAGAGAAAUGUUGAAAGCAAGGUGUUACAACGACCAGCCGCCAACUUACGAAGAAGCGACGUUAAUGGAUCAAGCACCGAGAUAUUCGACGCUCCAACUAGACACAAUCCUCGAUUCUUCUUUGUCUCUUUAAUUCCAUUUAUCGUUUGUUUCU